GCCACAGCUGAUGUUUAUAGAGAUGAGGGUAAUGAGGCCUUCAAGAAAGGAGAUUUCAUCAAUGCUAUUCAUUUUUACACCAAAGGAAUUAAAAUGAACUGCAGCGAGAAAGAACUGAACGCCAAACUGCACAACAACAGGGCUAUUGCACAUUCUAAACUUGGUAAGAUGAUGAGAGCUUUAAUAUGCAUUUUUUUUCUAUUUUGAAGCUAUUGAGUUGUCAGUAGUAGUUUUCUGAAAAAGGUGAUCAUUUUGAAUGCAUGCCCGGAAAAAUUUACCUCUUGUCUUGGCCUCUCAAAUAUACAAAGAAGUAACCUCUUACCCCAGAUAUCAACGAGCAUCACAAUUUUUUCUCAAAAUUAUAGUAAUGGUAGUUGGUUUGCAACAUGUAUGGCUAAUCAUAGAUAUUUAUUUCAAUAACAGGAAAUCACCAGGAUUCACUAAGGGAUGCAGAAGCAGCCAUUGAGUUAAAUCCAACUUUCCUCAAGGCAAUUGUGAGAGGUUAGAUAUGUUAGCUGUACAAUAAUAAUAAUAAUAAUAAUAAUAAUAAAAGAACUGAACACUCUAAGGUUAAAUGAGGUUAAAUGGAGUUCAAUCUUGUCUCAAUUGACUUUAAUUAAGAGGUCGAGACCACCCAGAUGCACAUUUGAAUCCAGCUCUUGACUGCUACGCCAUUACUUUCCAUUAAUCAUGAUGAGAAUAUUACUUUGAACGGGAUCAAGAACUCAAUGCGGAAUGCAAAGCAAAAUUUCAGCAUGAAUAUUUUAGUUCCUUAAGUCCAAUGAGUCACAGGUGUCAGAUAUGUUAAGAGCGUGUCCACGAGAGUACCGGGCAGUCGUGCUACAAGCCAUCUCACCGAUUUCAAUGAAACUUUACCAGUUUAGAGGGUCUACCCCAAAACUCAAAGAGACAAACUGGUUUCUGUUUCGGUUCUUACGGGAGGAGAUAGACCACCCCCGGUUUUUCUUGGUUUUCACCAAGGAAAUCGCUUCAAAUAGGUAAAAUGAAUGAAGCUCUCACGGCGAUGGUAUCUAACCGAUUACUUUGAGGAUUUGCACACAUAUUUUUACAUCCUUAGUUAAUGUCUGCUGCGAGUAUCAGUCAGUUUGAUUGACGGCUUGUCAAUCAACAGAGGCAAAUAUACGACUUUGGUUUUAGACUUUUCGAUUCAUCCAAAUAUUUGACAACUUUGAGGUCAAAUAUCUCCCGUUGCCAGAAAGCUACAACACUAAUCUUAAUUCCCCUUUAUAACCCAUCAUUUCAUCUCUGAAAAUCAUCAAAAAAAUCUUUGGGCACUACCGUAUUUUUGUCUUGGAUGCCUUUUAAAAUCUGCGACUGUGACAAGUUUCUCUCAACUACACCUGUCACGCAAUUCUUGCUCUAGGCGGUCACUUGACAAAAUAAACCUACAUUUUUUAGCUCUUUAUACAAGAUGAUUGCUCAAGAAAGGUGAAAAAUGUGAAAAACUUUCGAGAUUUUUGGUAGGAAUGGAAAAUUUCACGUUUAGAGAGAUGCAUGUUAACGAAAAAUCAAUGGGAAAAUCGUAGCGUUUCUUUCUUCAGUCGUUUAUUACUUUGAAGAUUUGCUAAAAUCAGCAGAUAUGGCUUUUGUACAGCACAAAACAUUCAUUAGUCUAUAAUAUGAUUGUUAAUCAUCAUCAUUGCUCAUUUUAUUUCAUGCUGCGUGUUGGUUGAUAUUACUAAUUGUUCCAGUGUGCUACAACUUCGGCUUUUACAGACGAGAAAUUCUGCGCUCUCGCUCGAGAGCAAAUAUCAAUAGUUCUAUCGGACUAAAAACUGUGCCUCUAUCCCGAAAAUAAAAUUAAAAUAGUGUUGUCGUUGUCACUUACCGCCAUCGAACAUUUCCAUGCAGAACUCCGCUAAGCUAACAUCUGUUGUGUGACCCGAAGACUCUUAGUAGGAAUUAUUCAAGCGCGUUUUUCAUGCUAUCUGCUAGAUAACAAUUUCAGAAUAAUCUGCAGAUUUCUAUGAUUAUUUGCCUGCUUCGAUCGUAAAAUAUCUACAUUUUUUUUUCAAGCAUUCUAUUACUACACAUAAAUCUACAUUUCUCUAGAUCGAGUGUUGCCGGCGUUUAAUUGCGUGACUUGUAAAAUUUUUAAAUAAGAGUGAGCCAGCAGUAAUUUGACGAGUAGCCUUCCUGCAAAUUUUCCUUGAUGAAAUCCCAAGACAUAGCCAGUUGUUUUCGUGAGCAAAGACAAUAAAUAUGAAAGAAAAGUGAGAUGCGAAUGUCUUCUUUUUUUUUUAGCUUAAUAGCAGCUGUACCCUCUCCUGCAGUCUUCGUCUAAAUUUUGCAAGGUCCCUCCUUAUCUUCUGCCUUGUUCGGUCAGUUUCGAAUUCUGAAGCUAGAUCAUUGGCAUCGGCCUCUCCGUCCUCAUUCAUAUUUACAGAGGGGGACCUCAUCAAUAAACCAAUUUUUGUUACGGCAGAUAACCGGCUGAAGUAUCGAGCGAUUUGCUGCUGUAUCAACCGGUCAGUCUUAGACAACAUUUCUGGCUGGUGUCGUCUCUUAAACUCUCUCGAUAUUUGGGAAAUCACAUUAGAGGCGGUUGCCUUACUAGUUUCCUCCCUUGCCCAGCACACGUCUAGGAGAUAAUUGUCUGCUUUCUGAGAAAAGGUGGCUGUUUUUUUGUGUUUUCCAAAGAGCCCAUCCAAAGUCCACUUGGCUAGUUAGGAAUUGUUCGUCAGAAUUUGUACCUGAGGUCCGACCUCGAACGUAGCCGUCCCUUAUAGAAUGGCAAGCCGGUCUUAGUCCAUUUCCUCUUGAUCUUAUCCUAGGCGGAAUGUGUUUGUCGGCUUCACUGUGUUUGUCUUUGUCAGGGUACAUUUGGAUGGCAGCCAAUGACUGAAACAUCUUGAUACACCCUUCUUUUUGCAAGAAUAUCUCGCUUUCUUGUUCCGUCUAUGACGGAUUGGGUAUAGUUCUCGCGAUGACCUGCGUUCAGAAAUCUGUGCACGUUGCUGAUAACCACCCGCUUCUGCGACUAGUUUGCUGAAGGUUUCUAAUGUGAUGAGCCUAGUGAGACCCUGAGGUGCUUCAAACUGUGCCAGUUGGUCUGCGCUAUAAACUUGUCGCAGUUCUUAAGUCAGAGGGAGGAUCGCCCACCUCUAUCUAUGUGAGCGCCUCUACAGUACCUGCGUAUCCCUAGGAAUCAUAUGAUAUAAAGUUCAUCUCAGUCACAAAUCACCAGUUAGGAAAACUGACGUUCAGAUAAGCGCUCUUCUUGCCCUUCUUCCUUAUUCAUUGUCGACUCUAAGAUAGGAGCUACAGUACGCGUUCUAUUUAGGUUUACAGUCACCUUGCCGCCACCAGAAAGACUCGCCACCAGCUUUGAUUUCUUCUGCCAUCUGCAGAUUCAUCUCUCUCUCACUUUAUGUCUCCGAUUUUUAUGAGGAGGAAACUGGCAUUUACGAACCCGAAGGUUUGAAUCUCACACCCAGUUGUGCACGAUAUUUGAGGUACAUCGUGAAAUCGCGGCCUUCGUAGUCUCCAAAUAAGCCAAUACGCGCUAGAAUAAGCUCCAUCUCGGACGAAACGCAUGUUUGGGAUACAUCGACGUCUCUCAAAUGUUUUUUUUUUUAAGCUGUAUACCCACGAAUUUAGAGGUAUGAGCUGUUGCCGUCCCUAGCCAGCGCGAGAAAAGUAACAUUUGGUUCUACAGUUAGUUGCAAAUGAACAAGACAACUGCACCAUCUUGACUUUAUCAAUUCGAGUGUUAGAUUGAAUUGGGGGCUUUUUAGACACUCGAUUUCUUAUAUGGCAUCACGACGAAGACGUAAUACAACUGAUACACCUACACAACAUAGGAUUAACAAUGUCUGUUGCGCUGUUGCUAGAAGGAGGAAAAUAUUCCCGGAAGUGUACGCUCUUUUUAAAAAAGAGUUUUAGAGACGUUUCAGAGAUGUCUAUCCUUGAUCGGCUGUCACAAAAAAAUGACCCCCACUUAAAUUUACUAGGAAAAAUGAACUUACCAACUCUUUGUUGAAAAAAUUGGAAUUCAUUUGACCGAUACGCCGGUUGUUUCAAUUUUUCUUUUUCCUCGGGCUGCUAUGAAACAGUUCAUAAAUUGACUAAAGUGUUUUGAAAUAUCUUUCGUGAUUUGCCUUUUUUUUCUGCGUGCAAAUCAAGGGUAGACAAAGUUUUUAAAACAUUUGACUAGAAUUUCAUGGAGUUCACCUCGAUAAUUUUCGUCGGCCAGAGUCAAGACGCGCCAAGCUAAGCGACAUCGCCCUCCAGUAAAAAAAAUUUUCCAAAGAAUAAACGUGGCGAGCGUGAGGAAACGCACAUUUUUUCCAUCAUUGUGAUCAAAGCCCAAUGAUGUACCUAAAUUGGUACUUACGGUAUCAAACCAUUGAUUAUGACAGGGUGAGCUUAGUUUUUCUAUCGAGGUCGACGUGACUUCACAUUAAAAGCUUUUUUGACGGAACAAACUAGUGAGCAUCACUGCACGAACUGAGAAAGUAAAAACUUGUAUUUAUCUCCCACGCGUUUCGUCUGACAAUAGUAGACUUCUUCAAGGAUUUUUUCAAGUAGGGUAAAUAAGCUUGCUCAAAUACAAAUAGUAAAUAAGUUGUCUCUUUACUAUUAAAGUCAGUGGAUAGAAUACGCCAGGUGCGCCUACGGUGUUAUACGUGCGUGACAUUUUGCGGACGUUACAUGUAAGAGUACGUGAUCCGUUUGAGGGUCACAGAUUUAGUGAAAGUAUUUCACUCCUCAACAUCACCCAAUGUCUCUAGUUUACAGAGGUCUUAGAACUUUUCAUUAUAUGGCGUUGCCUUCUGCGGGUAGAAGACUACAAGCGAAUUUCUCAGGCGUAAUUGCCUUUGAUUUCUCAAUUGAUGUUGUCGCAAACACAGUUUUUGGGAGUCACGCGACAAAAAAACUUAUCAGGACCUAGUUUCAUGUUCUAAUGGAAAUAAAUAGCAAAUAAAAACACGUUUUCUUGAGAGAUAAAGUCACAAAUGACGGGGGUUCUCUGAAACAAAUAGUGAUAGAAAAGGAUUUCAGUUCUGGUCAAUAUUGACUUUUCAUGGCCUACUUCCAAAUCUGAGGGAAAGUGCUGAGGGAAUAAAAAAACAUAAAUGUGUGAUAAUGCAAGCAAGAGAAUGAAAAUACAAAUAAAGAAAAAGGAGAAAACAUAGGAACCCGUGUUGCAGCGUGCAGAUAUCUUUUGAACCAGACCUACACACAUAAGCCCGACACUAGCCAGAGAAACUCGAAAGAGUCCUGUAUAUGAACUAGCUCGCACGUGCACGCAGGAAAGGCCAUGACAAUCAGCGAAAAUAAUAGCAAAUGCAGAUGAUAUUUGCAGUCGAAAAACAGCAAAAUAAGAUAACACAAGGAUUAGGAACUUUCUAGAAGUGUCUUCUUGAAAAAAAAGAUGAACAAUUUUUACUUCUCCGAGAAAAAAAGAAGAAAAAAAGGCAUGAAAAGGUCACGCAGUAACCCUACAAAUACUAUUCCUAUAGGUAGAAUUUCUUGAUGGUGGAAAGUGGAAAAAACAUUUUCCAGUCUUAUUUUCUGGAAACAUGGCGUAGUUAAUGAAGUUAUGGGGCUAUUGAUAUCUCCUAAAAAAUAAAGGGGGCAGAGUUUCCCGUCAUUCGCGGUAUGGAAAAAGCCGAAGUAGUUACACUCGGGAACUUGUACGCCAACAAGCAGGCGACAUGUGAUUUUAAAAUCUCCUCUCCUGUUACAGUUUCCUUAUUGCAAACUGUGCAAUAAUGAUAAUAGACGAUCAAAGUAUAGGCUAAUGAAUGUUUUGUUCUGUACAAGAGCCCUGUCCUGAUUUUAGCAAAUCUUCAAAGUAAUAAGUGACUGAAGAAAGAAACACUACGAUUUUCCCAUUGAUUUUCCGUCAACAUGCAUCUCUCUUAACAUGAAAUUUUCCAUUCCUACAAAAAAUAUCGAAAGUUUUUCACAUUUUUCACCUUUCUUGAUCAAUCAUCUUGUAUAAAGAGCUAAAAAAUGUAGGUUUAUUUUGUCAAGUGACCGCCUAGAGCGAGAAUUGCGUGCCAGGUGUAGUUGAGAGAAACUUGUCACCGUCGCAGAUUUAUACGGUAGUGCCCAAAGAUUUUUUUUAUGAUUUUCAGAGAUGAAAAGAUUAAUUAAGAUUAGUGUUGUAGCUUUCUGGCAACGGGAGAUAUUUGACCUCAAAGUUGUCAAAUAUUUAGAUGAAUCGAAAAGUCUAAAAACACAGUCAUAUAUUUGCCUCUGUUGAUUGACAAGCCGUCGAUCAAACUGACUAAUAUUCGCGGCGGCCAUUAACUAAGGAUGUAAAAAUAUGUGUGCAAAUCCUCAAAGUAAUCGGUUAAAUACCAUCGCAGUGAGAGCUUCAUACAUUUUACCUAUUUGAAACGAUUUCCUUGGUGAAAACCAAGAAAAACCGGGGGUGGUCUAUCUCCCCCGGAAAAAACCAAAACAGAAACCAGUCUGUUUUUUUGAGUUUUGGGGUAGACCCUUUAAACUGACAAAGUUUCAUUGAAAUCGGUGAGAUGGCAUGUAGCACGACUGCCCGGUGCUCUCGUGGACACGCUCUUAAGUCACUAUAUAGAUGUUUUAAAAAGAAGGAUCAGGACUUACCUAACUUUUAGUGUUUUUGUGGGAGUUGUUGAUCCCAAUUUAAGAGUUCUUAGAAGUUUCAGUUGUCUGUAAAGCUAAAUAAAUCUAACUGAAACCUAAUAGGGCCUGUUUAUUCUUUUCCGUUUAGUUUUUUUUUUGUAUUGUUUUGUUUCGUCUUUUUUUUUUCUUCUGGUCUCUAAUGAUUUCAAUGGUUUCAGGUUCUUUUCUCAGAAUUGAGCUACAGUAAUUAUAUGCUUCUUUGUGUUGUUGCCUACAGGAGCCACUGCUUGUGUUGAAUUGAAGAGAUUUGAAGAAGCAAUCACUUGGUGUGAUAAGGGACUAGCUGUAUCCUUUGAAGGAAUCUUUCAUUUUUAA